GAAUAAAUACAACUUCGCCCGUUCACUGUUUCUUUCCUACUUCUCUUUCUCUCACACCCUGUAGCUUUUAAACUAUUCACUUACUCAUUUUUCUUCAUUCCUACCCUCACAAUCAUAUACACAUACAAUACUAAUAUAUCAUGGACACUCAACCCACAUCUGCUAUACGCCUCAUCCAACCUGCAAACGGCAAUCCUGGUCCUCUUGGACUCUUUGCCUUUGCUGUUACUACCAUUAUUUCAAAUCUUUAUAAUAUUGGUGCAGGUGUUCCUCCAGGCGGCGGUGGAGCUCUUCUAACUGGCUUUGCAUUAUGGUACGGUGGAAUUGUCCAAAUUUUGGCUGGAAUGUGGUCCAUGAAAGUCGGCAACACGUUUGAAGCAACUGCAUUCUCUUCCUUUGGCGCUUAUUGGGCUGCAUAUGGAUAUAUGUUCUUUCCUGGGACUGGCAUCAGAGAAAGCUAUGAAGGCUUUGAGCCUGAGGCUCUAAAGAACGCGACAGGCAUCUUCUUGGUGAUCUGGCUCUUAAUGGCAUUAAUCUUGACUGUGGGCACGACUAAAUCGACAAUUGCCACCAUCGCCAUGUUCGUCUUCUUGGACCUCCAUUUAUUGUUCUUGACUAUCAACGAGUUUGCUCAUCUUUCAGAAGGCGCGGCCCCAAAGCGCAUUGGUGCUGUAUUUGGUAUCCUAAGCGCUAUUAUGGCCUUCUGGAACGGUGCUGCAGCUUUGUGGUUACCUUCCAACAGCCAUAUAAUUCUCCCUGUCGGGCCUGUCAUGAGAAAGAAGCAGCAGUUUGUUGUUUAGGGAAAAAAAACGGUGUACUCCUUACUUUAUAACCCUCUGUUCUGUCAAAACACUAUUUGUUCCCAUUACGCCCUGUUAUACCAUCAUGAUUCUUUUACAUCACAGUUUUUUUUCCCCCCUCGUAAUUAGAAGCAAUGAUCUUUGUAUAACAUAUUCAUAUAUCCACAUUCAUGUUGAAACUCUUCCAUUAAUAAAUAAGCAUCACGUAGUGACUAAGCAAUUUUCAUGAUGACACUAAAUAAAGUCUUU